GCUAGGCUCGCGCCCGGGGCAGAGUGUAAACGCUGGAAAGGAGCGGAGUUUGAGUUGUGAAUAAAGAUGCUCGGCUGAUUUUAGACUAUUUGGAUUACAAAUCCCGAAUGCACCUGCAAAAGAGCAUGCCACAAUGGGCAUCACACUGUCUUCCCCCGGUUUCCAACAGUGCUAGCUGCUACUGUGGCAUCAGCCCUUUCACCUGGUGCCACUGAGAAACAUGUUGUCAGGCAGCUGGUACCGGAGCAUGUCCAGCCCCACCCACAGCCUUCCAGUGGGCAGGGGCUCAUUGACGCCUGGCCUUGUGGUUGUGGAAGCCCAGUAUGACUACUCGUAUCGCGGGGCAGAUGGACGAACUAUCUCCAUACACGACGGUGAGCGCUUUCUUUUGCUGAAAAAGACAAAUUCUGACUGGUGGCAGGUGCGGAGACUUGGAGUUGGGAAGAAAGCCAAACCAUUGUAUGUUCCCGCCACUUAUGUCACCGAGGUGCAAGUCAACGCACUGCAUUCAUCACAGAGCAGCAGCCAAACAGCAACCCCUCCACAACACUCCUGGCUGGUGGCUCGCAGCUCACACAACCCCUGCUCACAGAUGCAAUGCUCAGCACCUACUAAAGAAUUCUGUCAUUCCAUGGAGGACCUGAACAGUAACAGUGCUUUUAAGAACACGUGCAUAGGAAAUGUGUCACCAGGGAGACAUUUUGCCAAAUCGUCCAUCUCAACAACCGCCUCAGGUCACCUCAAGGUCCCGGGGUCUUUAAUACCACGCAGCAAGAGCUCCAGUUACCUGCCUCAGAACCCGUAUGGGGAACUGCACAUUACCAGGCCGAGUCCAUCCAGCUCCCCUAAGUCCUUUAGCCAGUGGGAUAUGGCAAGCACCACUUGCAAACAGACAGGUGGAAACAUCCAGGCCUACAUCUCGCAAAGUUCAUUGCCAGACAUGCAGAAGAAGCAGUGGACAGAAGUCCCGAGCCCAGUCCCAGGCCAGAAGCCGUUGCAGAUGCUGCAGCUGUGGGAACAGUAUCAAGACCCUGCCUCCGGUCGCUUUUACUACGUCAACAGUGUUACGAAGGAGCGGUCAUGGAAACCUCCACGUAGAGCUCGCCGUGGUGAUAACAUACAAAAUAUGCUCUCCACUAACCUGACCCACAGUACCCAGGAUGCAAAUGCGCGACAGCUGAUUCAGACCAUGCAGCGUGCAGCCUCAUCAGACACGCUUAGUUCCUCCUCCUUUACUACUGAUGUUCAGAGCACAGAGGGCAGAGCAGACAUCACCCAAUCCCAAUCCACGAUUCUGUCUCCACAAACAGCCAGGAUCUCUUCAAACGGCAAGAAGUCAGAGUGUCAAAUGGUGUUGGAGUCACCGAACAGUUCUCCGGACAGUGAUGGAAUGACACCGGAGCUUGAAAAAGCAGGUCUGCUCAACAAAACCAAGAUAGCAGAAGGAGGUCGGAAGCUGAGGAAAAACUGGAACCCCUCGUGGGUAGUGUUGGUGGGGAACAGUCUUAUGUUCUUCAAAGAUCCUAAAACCCAAAAUUCUGAUAGCUGGAAACCGGGGAACAGCUGUCCAGAGAGCAGUGUGGAUCUAAGAGGAGCUCAGCUGCAGUGGGCCAAUGAGCUGUCCAGUAAGAAGAAUGUCUUCAAGUUGAGGACUGUUACAGGAAAUGAAUUUUUGCUGCAGUCAGACACUGACUCUGUAAUUAGAGAGUGGUACAGCACAAUACUGAAAGUUAUUGACAGACUUGAUAAGGAGAAUCCUCUGGAUAAUGUAUUGCAGUAUUCUUUGAGAAGAACAGGCUCCUUGGAUUUGUUGGACCAUAGUGGUGAUGAAGAGGAGAACCGUUCAGGACACAAGCCCUCGCUCCCACGCUCCAUCUCCAAUUUGGAGACUUCAGAGCGGAAGCGAGUGAAGAGUCGAUUAAGGAAGCUCAUUCUGAAAAGGCCACCAAUCCAGGCAUUACAGGAAAAAGGCCUCAUCAAAGACCAGGUAUUUGGCUGUAGUUUAGAGCUGCUGUGUGAGAGGGAGAAGAACACAGUGCCACGCUUUGUCAGAAACUGCACUGAAACCGUAGAGAAGAAAGGCUUAGAGACAGAUGGUAUUUACAGAGUCAGUGGAAAUCUGGCUGUAAUCCAGAAACUACGCUUUGCUGUCAAUCAUGAGCGAGCCGUGUCUACAGAUGGACGUUAUCUCUUUCCAGAGGAUUUAGUGCCAGUGGACCAUGUGGACCUGGAAGACCCACAGUGGGAAGACAUCCAUGUGAUAACAGGAGCCCUGAAACUCUUCUUUAGAGAGCUUCCUGAACCACUUGUACCUUAUGGAAUCUUUCAAGACGUUGUCGAAGCUGUCAAGCUGCCUGAUUACAUGGAAAAAGUGGAACGUCUGAAAUUGCUAAUUGUCAACAUGCCUUCGCCGAACCACGAUACCAUGAGGCACAUGUUCCGGCAUCUUAAGCAGGUGAUGGAGCGCUCAGAUAGUAAUCGGAUGACAAUGCAGAACAUCGGGAUCGUCUUUGGGCCGACUCUGAUGCGUCCGCAGAAUGACUGUGCGAACAUGGCCAUUAACAUGGUUUAUCAGAACCAGGCAGUAGAACUCAUUCUCAAUGAAUAUGACCAGAUCUUUGGAUCUGACUCAUCCAGAUCUCUCUGACAUGGUGUGAAGAAAGCCGGACAGCAGCAGAACCUGCUCACUGUGAACCAGAGGAAUCCAAAAGGCAUGGAAGACGAGCUAAAUAUGAUCCAUGCAACUAUUCAUUAAACUGCAUUGAUGCCACAAAUUCCAUCCUGGUGGAUGAUGGAUGGAUGAAUGGUUGGAUGGAAGCGCUUGAGCAACAAUCAGCCAAACUGGCCUUUAGUGGGCACAAAGUCACACAAAAAAACAUGUGUUUUCAAAUUGAAUCAAGAGGCUUAUUUUAUGUUCGUUAGUGUGUGUGUGUGUGUAUGUGUGUCAUUGUGAUGUCUUCUCGCAACUGUUUUUCAUUGUAUUGUUUGUAGUGACUUUGGGAAAAACCACACAUUUUGCGUUGGCAAAAAAAGACAUUAGCCUCCAUGAACUAAAUUCUAUAAAAUAAAAUCAGCAAUAGUCACCCAAUACGCAUAAACAAGAAGACAGUUCUGAAGUCUAACCUGUUAUUCAACUGCGUUUGAGUCAUUUCGUUUCUUUUUUAACAAUCCAAAUUGCUAUGUAAUCUCCUUUUCCAUUGUUCCAGCAGUAUGGCUGUGGUGUGUGCAUGUGUCUGUGUGUGUGUGUGUGUUUUGCGUGACAGAUAGAAGGGUAGAAGUAUGUUCCGUAUUUUGCUCGUUGAUUCGGUGGAGCUUUUUGCCACUAUUGGUCCAAAUCUCUGUUUUUAAUAACAGAACAAAAGAAGAGCUAAAAAUGCAUUAUGUUUAAAAAAUGUGGAGUUAACCCCCCACAACCCCCCAUCAGCACCAGGGCUUUGGUAAUUUUAUAUUGACUGUGGCUUGGCAAGAGACAAGAAGAAGUGAGAGGGGAAGAAAAAGAACACGGAGAGCAUAUGGAUUUUAAUGUUAGAGUUUAUAUAUUUAUUCAUUUUUUAUUUUCUUAUUAUUGCUAUGCGCAGCAUGAAGGAAGGGGGAGAUUACUGAAGUAGUAUAAGUGGAGAAAUGAAAUGAAGUUUUACGCUAUUUUUGUUACUUUGGAGUAUUUUGUUGGAUAUUUAAUGGACUGUUGUCCUGCUCUUAAUACUGUUGCCCUUGUAUUUCUGUGCCAUCUUUUUUUUUUUUUUUUU